AUGCCGCUUUUAACUUGCUCAGACGGUGGUCCCAAGUGCAUCAACAUCGAGUCAGCGACAGCACUCAAGCCGGACCCCGGCACUGAAGCCGACGUCGAGUUGGACAACAACCCCUUUGCAUUCAUUCCUGGACAUUUUGAUAAGCUGGUCAACCCAAAGUCACUGGCAGCAUUCAGGGCCCUCGGUGGACUGAAGGGCAUCGAGAGAGCCUGCAGGCAAACACAAAGACUAAUAGCCGUCAGUUCCAAUGUCAGCUUUGGACAGGCUACUCGCCUCAAUUCGGACAAGUUGCCUGCUGCUUCGGAGAGGUUGGGCGGAAACGCCUCUGAGCCAUUCGCUGACCGUAUCAGGGUAUAUGGCAAGAAUGUGCUACCGGCCAAAAGGGCAACUCCCUACAAAGACGACGUCAUUAUUCUCCUGAAUGUGGAUGCCAUUAUUUCACUUGCUCUUGGUCUCUACGAAGUGUUUGGUGUCGCCAUCUGCGCCGCUAUCCUCAUUAUGACACUCGUCGGCUCUCUCAACGACUGGCAGAAAGAGAAAGCCUUGGUCAAGCUCAAUGCGAAGAAGGAGAAUCGCGAGGUAAAGGUCUUUCGCUCUGGCAAGUCGUACAUGAUCAGCGUCCACGACGUUGUCGUCGGAGACGUCCUGCACUUGGAGCCGGGCGACCUUGUCCCUUCUUCGGCAACCGGCAAAUCUGAUGCGCUGAAGAAGACGCCCGGCCAUGAGGUCAUGGAGCGGCGCGUGGCUGGCGCGGACCCGAGGAACCUGGACCCGUUUAUCAUCUCUGGCGCAAAGGUGCUCGAGGGUAUGGGCAAGUUUAUGGUGACCUCGGUUGGUGUCAACUCCAGCUUCGGCAAGAUCAUGAUGUCGGUUCGCACGAAGAUCGAGGCUACACUUCUGCAGAAGAAGCUGGAGGGUCUGGCCGUCGCGAUCGCCAAGAUCGGUGGUAGCUCUGCUGCCCUCCUCCUCUUCGUUAACACGGAUUCGACGGCUGUCAAGGCCUCUCAGUUUAUGGACAUUCUCAUAGUUGCUAUCACCAUCAUUGUCGUGGCCCUUCUCGAGGGUUUGCCCUUGGCAGUCACUCUUGCUCUAGCCAUCACAACAAAGCGUAUGCUCAAGGAGAACAACGUCUUACGCGUCCUGCGCGCGUGCGAGACUAUGGGUAACGCGACUACUAUCUGCUCGGAUAAGACCGGCACAUUGACGACGAACAAGAUGACCGUCACUCUACUGCUUUCGAGGGUGUGGAGAACGGCCAGUUUGCGUUCAUCGGUUCCAAGACUGAGACUGCUCUUCUUGCGAUCACCUUGGCAUGCAAUCGCUCCCCGAGGCCCGCGCCAAUGA